AACAACCAUGGGACGGUGGAGCUGCGGCUAUCUCCGUCGAGCGUUCUCAAGAUUCAGAAAGGGUACACCACCAUGGCUGUCUCCGUCGAGCGUUCUCAAGAAUCAAGAUUCAGAAAGGGGACAUCACUCGGUGGUCUGUCGACGAUGGAUUGGAAUGAAAAUGCGGGCGAUCAAUACCUUUAUUUUCUUCCUCUCUAUAUUUCUCUGAAGAUGCUAAUUUCUUGUGUUCCAUCUCGCAGACGAGAGAGAGAAUUGGGAAUAUUUUUUUAUCUCAAUCGUCCUCCAUCACCACCGACUGCCAGACGCAGUACAAAUCUAUCGUCAGUGGCUCCUUGGCUACUGAUGGCGAGGAUCUCGAUGACGAAGUUUGAAUUGUCGUUCUCCCUUCCUCAAUGA